CUAAUGUGUGAUGGAAUACAGCCGGACGGAAACAGAAAAAGAACAGGAGAAGAAGAACGCCGGUUUUCAAAGGACGCUGGUUUUUGGAAGGAGAGAUGGAAGAAGUACAAGAAGCGGAUGAGAACGUUUUAGUUGGCCCCAUGCAGGGGAAAUUCUGUUAUAAAAUACAGGAUGGGAGAGUUGAUAAGAGCGUGGUCGUAUGUAAAUUGUGCAACAAGGAGUUCGCGUAUCACCGCAGCGCAUCAAGCCUGAAAUACCACCUCAAUGCCAAACAUGUAGCAGCAAGCUUGGCAGAUGGCGCGCAAGCUAACCCAACACGAACGACACACAGCCAACCCACACUACAUCAACUGAGUUUCAAGGGCAAGGUCAGCAAGACCACGGCAGAGAAAAUGACCAACGCGCUGGCUUACUGGGCGGCUCUCGACUGCAGACCGAUUGCAGUGGUAGAAGAUAAGGGGCUGGAAAAGGUACUUCAGAUUGCGUUGUCUGACACCACGUAUGAGCUGCCAUGCAGAAAAACGAUGACAAAGAGGGUCCAGCAGCUCUACGACAGUGAAAAGGGAGAGAAAGAGAAUUUGUUGGAAAAAGCAGAAUGCGUCGCUAUUACUGGGGAUCACUGGACCUCGGUCAGCAACGCAAAUUACCUCGGUGUGACGGCACACUUUGUUGGCAACAAGUGGCGUCUUCACUCGUUUGCCUUAACCAUCAAGAAGAUCACCACAAGGCACUUUGCUGAAAACGUGGCAGAAGAUUGAGUCUGUGGCAGAGGCCUGGGAAAUCACACAGAAAGUCACCACAAUCGGAACAGACAGUGCCUGUGCCAUGACCGCUGCAAUGAGACGGCUCACAUUCCAGCACAUGCCAUGUGUUGCUCACCUGUUACAGAGGACGAUCACAGUUUGCCUUGCUGACAGCGGGUUCACAGCCACACUGGCGAGAUGUCGUAAGAUAGUCGGGCAUUUUAAACACAGCCCCUCAAACACAGAGGAACUGCACCAGGAGCAAACACAACUAGGCCAAGACAACGAGCCACUGAUGCAGGACGUUUCCACAAGAUGGAAUUCCACCCUGUUGAUGGUCUCUCGUCUGCUGAAGAACCAAGAUGCUGUGAAGGCUACGCUCGCCAAACAGAAGCACAAGCUCACCAUGUUGACUACUGCUGAGUGGGACGGACUGCAGAGGCUCGAAACCCUACUUUCACCAUGCAGAGGUGUGACAGAGCUCCUUGGGGGUGAGAAUUAUGUGUCGUGCUCAGUUGUGUUACCUGCUCUCCGCCACCUGACCCGCACCAUGGAGGCCUCAGAUGACGACCCAGCUUAUGUGGUGAAGUUCAAGGCUGCGUUUGAAAAGGAACUGUCUCAACGCGAGGAUGCCCUCAACCAUGGAUGGCUCAGGGUGGCAACAGCACUCGACCCUCGUUUUAAGGACCUAAAGUGUCUACCAAGAGGAGAGUGAGGAGAGGUGUGGACCAGCAUUGAGGCACUGGUGCAAAAACAACCAGGCAGAGCCACUCCGGAACGCACAGAGGAGCCAGCAAGGAAGAGGAGCCUCCUGCUGUAUAAUUCAGAUUCUGAAUCGGAGGAUGAAGAUUGGCCCAAAGGAGCCCUGACCCGUUACAGGGCAGAGCCUACCAUCAGUGAGAGACUGCCCACUGCAGUGGUGGUCCACUCAUGAGGGAGCCCAUCCACAGCUCUCUGCCCUGGCCCGCAAGUAUCUGGGCAGCCCUGCCACUUCUGUCCCUUGCGAAAGAUUAUUCUCCCUGGCAGGUAAUAUAGCUCAAAAGAAGAGGGCAGCCUUGAGCUCCGAAAAUGUCAACAGGCUAGUUUGUCUCAGCAACUGGCUGAAAGAGAAGGAGCAGUAAUCAGUUAAAUGUAUCCUGAGGCCAGUUGGCCAGUUAUUUUUCAAAAGGAUGUUGGAAGAAUUGAGAUUGAGGUCAAUCACUGGCACUUUUUAAUGGAUCACUUUAUGUUGAACUGUUUGUCUUGGCCAAUGUUAUUCAGAGUUGGACUGAGUUUGAUUUAAUUUCUCUCUUAUUUUUUUGUAAUCAUUUCAACCGUUGAUAAAUCAACAGUGUGUUAAAGCCUCAGAGGUAACAGAGAGAUGUUUUCUAACAGGGUUUAUUUACAUUGCUCUGAAUGUACUUGAAAGAAUUGCGUUUUACAAAAAAAAAGUGUUAUAGUUUACAGAAGAUCUACCUAUACCUAUAAAGCUACCUGAAUUUCUGAAAUUAACUUUCCUAAAUAUGCUGAACUUUAUGGCACUUUUUUUAAUGGAUCACUAUGUUGAACUGUUUGUCUUGGCCAAUGUUAUUCAGAGUUGAACUGAAUUUGAUUUAAUUUCUCUGAUUUUUUUUGUAAUCAUUUCAACUGUUGAUAAAUCAACAAAGUGUGUUAAAGCCUCAGAGGCAACAGAGAUGUUUUCUAACAGGGUUUACCUUGUUCUGAAUGUACUUGAAAGUAUUGCGUUUUACCCAAAAAAAAAAAACAGUUAUAGUUUACAGAAGAUCUACCUAUACCUAUAAAGCUACCUGAAUUUCUGAAAUUAACUUUCCUAAAUAUGCUGAACUUUAUGGCACUUUUUUUAAUGGAUCACUAUGUUGAACUGUUUGUCUUGGCCAAUGUUAUUCAGAGUUGAACUGAAUUUGAUUUAAUUUCUCUGAUUUUUUUUGUAAUCAUUUCAACUGUUGAUAAAUCAACAAAGUGUGUUAAAGCCUCAGAGGCAACAGAGAUGUUUUCUAACAGGGUUUACCUUGUUCUGAAUGUACUUGAAAGUAUUGCGUUUUACCCAAAAAAAAAAAACAGUUAUAGUUUACAGAAGAUCUACCUAUACCUAUAAAGCUACCUGAAUUUCUGAAAUUAACUUUCCUAAAUAUGCUGAACUUUAUGGCAGAAUUUGCACUGGCUUGUUGAUCUUGGUUUUGAAAAAAAAAAAAACAUUUUGUUGAUUUAAGCUUAUGUAUUGUCAUUCAAAAUCCAUGUGGAAAAAAUGUCUUUCUACCUGUUCUCAAGUCAGAUAUUUCUAUGCGAUUAAAAUGCGAUUAAUUUCGAUUAA